AUGAAAUCUCCUUCUUAUUUAUCUUAUUUUAAAUAUAAUUACUACUGUUAUUAUGAUGAUUAUAAUAGUAGCGAUCAUCAUAAUUACUUCUAUGGCCAGUGUUUCUAUCGUUAUCUAAUUACACUCAGUCUAUUAUUACUAAUUUAUGAAGUUAAUUCUGUUACAUGUCAAACAAAUGAAAUUGAAAUUGACAACUGUUUCGGUUUAACAAAUAAUAACAAUAAUAAGCAUGAUUUUAAAAAAUUGCUUCAAAGCUUUGCAUAUCAUCGUGCUUAUUAUUAUAAAACAAAACCAGAUGGACUUGAACUGGUAACAAAAUUUAAUCCAUUAUCAUCUUGUAUAUAUGGUGUUAUUCUCCCGCAUGAAAAAAGUUUUCAUCAUUUAAACAUUCAUAUAAUGGAUACUUAUUUACAAGUGAUAAAAUCUACGUCAGAUAAACACGAAUUAAUAAAUAAACAUCAAGUGAAAUUGAGUAUUCUUCAAAAUAUCAAUGAUGGUAUGACUGAUAAUACUGUUUAUUUAGCUACAAUUUAUAUGCAGCUUAGUGAGAAUAAUAAAACAAAUAUGCUCUUACAAAUAAGCGAGUUUAAAUCACUAGUUAGUCCAGUUUACUUUAUUAUUGAACAUGAUUUACCCAUAGAAGUUGAUGGUUUAAUCCAUGUCCACUUACGCCUAUUAGUGACACCAGUGUAUUUAUGUAGAAAAUAUGAAGGUAUGCUUCUGCCAGUGGAUAAAGAUUUAACCCGUUAUCAAGGGGAACAACAAUUACCGCUAGAAAAAGAUAAAACAACAAUUGGCGAGUUAUUUAAUUGUAUGCAGGCUAAAAAUAAAUCUUUACUCGGUAAUUUGUUUAAACCAUACUUUUGUAUUAAAUCAGCAUUAAUGUGCGAUCAAUAUUCAAAUUGUCCACAGCUGCUGUUUAGUUAUUCUGGGCAUAAUUUUAAGACAUUAGAUGAACAUCCUGCCUACUGUCGUAAAGUUGUUGUAUUCCGUAUGAAAGAUAUUACCCUGCAAACAAUAUUCUUUUCGCUAUUAUCAAUUUCAUUAAUUUUAAUGACAUUGUCAUUUGCAUUGCGUAAACAAUUUUUGAAUUUAUUGGAUAGAAUGUGUAACAGAAGAAGACGAUCAACUGAACUUACGACUAAUGAAUCAGAUAAUGUAGGAAAUAUUACCGAGACAGGUGAUGGAAAUCAACCUCAGCAUCAUCAUCAUCGGCCUAUAACUAUCAUCGUAAAUCAUGCCAACAUAAUGAGAAAUAAUACUCUUUCAGUUUUGUAUAACCAGAAUGUAUCUCCGACGAAUUUCUAUGAACCACCUCCAUCGUAUAAUGAAGCUGUUAAACAGUCCAAUAUGAGUAAACAACAAAUGCUUGAUAGGGAUAGCCCAGUUGACAUGACAACAUCAGUGGAGAGUUGUUCAGAUGCCUGUCAGUUACCGAGGCGAUUAAAGCCAAACAGUCUAAGCCGUAAAAUCUUUUCACCUUACUAUCCUGAAGAAACUUCAGCGACAACUUCUUCUGUUUGCCUGAAAAGGAGUAGAACUUCACCACCGAAUUAUAUUCAUUGUUUUAUGUCUGAUUUAUUGUCAGAAGCCUCUAAUUUGUAUUCGUCAAAUAAAAAUGAGGAUGAAGGAAAUGAAAGAUAA